GCCGAGCAGACCGCACCGCUCGCGCUGUGUACACGCCGCACCACCGUGCGACGCAGCUUCCGCCGGCGCGGGACCAGCAUGAAAGUGCGCUGACCGAUGCGGGACUCCCAGCACUACGUCAUCAUGGGAACAGAUGAAGGCUGCGGUGACGUCAUGACGGCGGAGGAAAAGGCGGCGGAAAUGAGGGAAGAGCUGGGAGACUGCACGCUGCCCCAGUCGACCGUCAAGUCGGAGAAAACCUCCACCACGGGCCUGCGAUGCGCGGCGCCCGCCUGCUUCUGCCCUUCCUUCUGCCCCGGCCAGGAGGUGAUGCGGUCCUGCGACUCCUGCGGGCACGGCUGGCUGUCCCACGCGCUGCCGCAGCUGCCGCACCAGAGCGACGUGGAACACGCGGCCUCCCUGGUGCUCUACGGCUGCCAGGCGCUGCCCAUCCGGCUCAAGAUCCUGCUGGACAGGCUCUUCUCCAGCGUCGGCCGUCGACAGCUGGCCCAGCUGCUGCUCCAGUUCGGCUGGACGCUCGACGACUACGCUCGCGGCUACAUCGUCCGGGACGCGUGCGGCGAGCGGCUGGACUCGUGGCAGAUGUGCUCGGCGGAGGAGGAGUCAGCGCUGGUGCGCGCGUGCGUGCGCUUCGCGGACACGCACUCGCUGGCGCUGCAGCUGCUGGCGGCGUGCGACGGGCCGCCGCCCCACGCGGGGGUGGGCGCCGCCGCCCACCACACGGCGCACGCGCUGCCGCCCUCGCCCGCCAGGACGUCGCCGCCCGCCUCCCCGCCCCAUGCCGCCCCCGGCAAGGUGCGGCUGCCGCCGCUGGAAGUCCUGCAGGACGCCGCCCCUUCGCCGCUGCUGGCCGCUUCCCCCUCGCCGUCGACGUCCGCGUCGUUGUGGCCGGGCGCGCGCGGCAACUCCACCCCCGCCGUCCUGGCGUCGCCCGGUGCCAGCAUUUCCGACGGCGGAUCCUCGGAAGAGUGUAACGGCGCUUACGAGACUGCGCUCGACCUGAGCCGGGAUGGCUGCUCACCGAGGCCAAAAUCGGGCUCUGGGAAAAUGGGCAAGGCGUCCGGCUGGAACUCCAGGAGCGGAGGCGUGAGUGCGACGGAGAUGCAGUCUGGCGGUUCCCAGGGGAAGCCUGCGCUGGGCAAGAAGCGAGUCCAGUGCAACGUCUGCCUCAAGACCUUCUGCGACAAGGGCGCGCUCAAGAUACACUUCUCGGCUGUCCACCUCCGUGAGAUGCACAAGUGCACAGUGGAGGGCUGCAACAUGAUGUUCAGCUCGCGGCGGUCGCGCAACCGCCACAGCGCCAACCCCAACCCCAAGCUGCACCAGCUGCAGUUCCGGCGCGCCGACCUCGCCGUGCGAUACCCCAGCCGCUCGCUCGCCGACGCCUCGUUCGAGGACUCUACGCAGACUGGGCAGGCCCACACGUCCUCCGAGGACUCGUCCAUGUCGCCCAAGAACAACGGCGCGGCCUACGAGGGCGAGUCCGACGCCGACACGAAGGCUGGGGGCGGGGACGGCGAAGCGGACGAGAAGCCGGAGCCCAGCUGGCUGAAGCGCCUGCAGAGGCGGUGGCAGCAGGAGAGCGGCGAGGAGUCGCCCAAGCUGACCGCUCCCGAAGACGCGCCUGCGGCCGAAACGCCUGCCGCCGCGCCCGAGCCGCCGCAGAGGGGGACGCGCAAGCGGAAGAGUCAGCACCCCACGCGCUGCGCCGCCGUCGCCGGCGAGAGGCCGGCCAAACUCUUCGCCUCGGACUCGCUCUCCUCGGAGGACGACUGCCGCCUGUAG